AAGACCCGAGCUCGGGGAGUGAGCGCCUGUCUCUUUAAAUGCCACGGGCUGCACUCCCGCCCGGGAGCCGGGAGCCGGAUCUACAAUCCCGUCCCUCCCGCUCCAGUGCUUGUUGCUCGCCCGGCCGGAGCGGGAGCUGUUGCUGCCCGGCUGCGAGGCUGCGGUCUUCUCCUCCUCGCGCCCCACCUCCCCUGAGAGCUGGCUGAGGAGGUGCAGCAGCCCCAGCUGGCGGGAGGAGGCGCGGUGUGAACAAGGAUUGCCCCCCGCCUUCAAGUAUCGGGGCGCUACGCAGCCGCUGGGGAAAGACAUGCCCCCAGUCUACCCGCUGCGCUGCCCUCUGCCCAGCCUCGCUGCCGCCCGCGCCGGGAGAGGAGGGACUGCGGAGCCUACACCUUCAAACUCGCCCUAGAAGUCCCGGGGCGCGGCAGGGAGCCCUUCCCCAGGCCCCACGGCCUCCACCUCUCCGCGGGUGGCUUCAGCCCCUGUCCGGGGACCUGUGCAAAUGACCCUAGAGGUGGUUUCGCUUUCUCCCCUCGCGGCGGUGUGAACGUGUGUCCGCAGCGUGAUGGGCAACCAGGUGGAGAAACUGACCCACCUAAGUUACAAGGAAGUUCCCACGGCCGACCCGACUGGCGUGGACCGGGACGACGGGCCCCGCAUUGGGGUCUCCUACAUUUUCUCCAAUGAUGAUGAGGACAUGGAGCCGCAGCCGCCGUCUCAGGGGCCAGAUGGCGGCGGCUUGCCCGACGGUGGGGACGGGCCACCGCCGCCCCAGCCGCAGCCCUACGAUCCGCGGCUGCACGAGGUGGAAUGCUCCGUGUUCUACCGGGACGAAUGCAUCUACCAAAAGAGCUUCGCUCCGGGCUCGGCGGUGCUGAGUACCUACACACCCGAGAACCUGCUCAACAAGUGCAAGCCGGGCGACCUGGUGGAGUUCGUGUCGCAGGCUCAAUACCCGCACUGGGCUGUAUAUGUGGGUAAUUUCCAGGUGGUGCACCUGCACCGGCUGGAGGUGAUUAACAGCUUCCUGACUGACGCCAGCCAGGGCCGUCGCGGCCGCGUGGUCAACGAUCUGUACCGCUACAAGCCGCUAAGCCCUAGCGCUGUAGUGCGCAACGCGCUGGCGCACGUGGGCGCCAAGGAGCGCGAGCUGAGCUGGCGCAACUCAGAGAGUUUCGCCGCCUGGUGCCGCUACGGCAAGCGCGAGUUCAAGAUCGGCGGCGAACUGCGCAUAGGCAAGCAGCCCUACCGGCUGCAGAUUCAGCUGUCGGCGCAGCGCAGCCACACGCUGGAGUUCCAGAGUCUAGAGGACCUGAUCAUGGAGAAGCGACGCAACGACCAGAUCGGGCGCGCGGCCGUGCUUCAGGAGCUCGCCAUGCACCUGCACCCAGCGGAGCCGGAGGAGGGCGACAGCAACGUGGCGCGGACUACGCCGCCUCCCGGGCGCCCCCCUGCGCCCAGCUCCGAGGAGGAGGACGGAGAGGUGGUGGCACACUGAUGGGCGAGCUGAGCGCAGAGCUGCGAAGGGGAACUGUUUGCAGUAGCAGCCGCUGCCCCCUUUCUCCCUCUCUUCCUCCCUCUUUUGCCACCGUCUGGGCCCCAUCUGGGAUUCCUGGGCCCUUUGGAAAAGAGUUGGUGAAAUGCGCAGCCGGCUGUGGACGGGGGAGGAGGAAGGGGACAGAGGGAGCAGGUAGGAAACACUUUAGUUGGGGGUGGGGGCGUCUCUCUCUGGCCCCCUAAGUGUGUCUUCCUCUCCGCGGUGAGGCAGACUGUGGACUUGCCUGGCUCUUAAACCUUGGUAGAUCUGGGUUUAUAAUCGGCCAUUCUUAAGCACGUGGGGUUGGGGAAAAGUUCGGAGUACCCAUUACUGCCAUUGCUUCCUAUCCUGGGCUUGGAAGAAUCCUGGUACAAAGGCCAGAGUGGGUUUGUGGAGUCGCCACCGCGGGACUAGCACGAAAGCUGCUUAUCUGCUUUGGCGGAGCUGAGCUGUAUAUGGGAUCCAGGGUGGCUGGGGUGAUUUAUUUUAUGGGAUUCCUGGAGCGCAGGGCUGGUGAAUCCAUGACAGGGCCUGGGAGCAGCAGACCAAAACCACAACAGUCUCCUAUUAAGUGUAACAAAUAGUUAAGCAAACUCGGGCUACAAUUUGCUACCUCCCUCCUCCACAACCCCCAAGUAAUUAGUCUUCUGGAGCUGGCUCUUAGCUGAGGCUCCUGCUACCUCCUGCUCCACCCGCCCCUUCCUAGGUUACAAGUAAAUCAUUGUCAAGGGCCAGCAAGGAGAAGAUUUCAAUUAAGGUUCUGUUCUGCUGCCUUUGUUUCUCCCCUGCUGUUGUAGGCACUUACAGCUGCGUUGUUAUGAAAGGAGGGAAUAGCCCUUUGUGUCUUUGAUCUAAUUAAACCUGCUCGGCUGUGUUCAUCCGCAGGGCAGGCCACAAAUAGGGUUGGCUGUGCCACUCCAUAAAGUAUCUAUUGUGGAAGCAGCCAAAAAGGACUGCCCUGGCAGGAAUUGGUUAAUCUCUCCUUCCACUCCCUUUCCUGAAUAGUGAAGGGAGCCCUUUUAAAACAGGGCUUUGGUGGUAAUCCUGUGAUUUUUUUUUUUUUCUUCCCCCAUCCCUUCACUGGCCCAUCCCUCUCACCCUCACUUUUGUUCUGGUAGUGGGUAAAAAAUCUUAGGCUGAACACGUAUUUCAAUGGUAAGAUACUUCUUUUGCUAUCCACAGUUGAUGCAAUUUAAUUCAAGGUGCAAAGUCUUGUACUGCAGCAGUCUCCUUGUUGCUUGGAGAACACCUCCUUCGGAGGCCUUCGUUAAGAGGGGCGACGUUCAUCAUAGAUGCCACCUGGUUAGUCAGCACUGAAUCUGACUUUGGUGACAGUCCUAAAGCGCCGUUGGUGAUUGUGAGAUCUGUUAGCGGCAGGCUGAGCAGAUACUACUUGGUUUUGCUUAGUAUGAGAUACUAUUUGCUUAGUAUGAGAUUUUUUUCCAGCCUGUCUCAAACUCCUGUGAGAUCUUCAAUGAUAUGUGCCCUGAGUUGCAGCAUAGCUUCUCUGCUGCCUGUUGCCAUUGCUGCCUCAAAAGUUGAGUGAAUUUUGAGGUGUCUUUUCUUUUUUCCUCUUUUGGGAGUCAUUAUAAACUACUCUGUACAAGUCAUUUUGUGAUAUGAUUCUUAACAGUUGGAAUAGAAUCAUAGUUGAGUGGUCCACAGCCAUGGCUAUCCUCAGGCCUGUUGCCUGGAGAUCUCUAAGUUAAGGCAACAAGACUUAAAGGAUUUUCUAGUAUACGUGUUUCACACAUGGAUGUUGAGGCCAUAGUCUUUAAUAGCUUGGAUCUUUGUAGCACCUCAACAUGAAAGGGCAUUAGCUGUAUUUCCUGUUUUUAGAGUGAUCACCAAACAGAUCUUGCCACUUUGAUUGUUAAAAAUGAACCACAUUCUAGCCCUGGUCUGGGACUUUGGAGGGAGAUGAAUUUCUUGUUGGAAAUGUAAAUCUAGUGUCCAUAUUUAAUACUCUUACAGCUUUGUGUUCUCUUUGCUCAUGGAAUAGAACAAGAUAAACAUGGGUUAAGACGUUUAGGAGAACCUGCUAUAUCUAACAGAUUUGGAUUUUCUUUCAUGCUUAACACAGUAGUGAAAAUAGAAGGUAAGCCGGGCGCAGUGGCUCAUGCCUGUAAUCCCAGCACUUUGGGAGGCGAGGUGGGUGGAUCACCUGAAGUCAGGAGUUGGGAGACCAGCCUGGCCAACAUGGUGACACCCUGUCUCUUCCACAAAUACAGAAAAUUAGCUGGGCGUGGUGAGCAGGCACCUGUAAUCCCUGCUACUUGGGAGCCUGAGGCAGAAUUGCUUGAAUCUGGGAGGCAGAGGUUGCAGUCAGCCGAGAUGGCACCACUGCACUCCAGCCUGGGCAACAGAGCGAGUAGUAAUGACCACUGUGUAGACAACUGGGAGGGAAGAAUAGAAUGGCACUGUCCAGCUCUGGGCUAGCCAGAUCAUUUUUCAACUCCCCCACCUGUCUCCUUCCUCUGUCCCAGAAUGGCAAGGGAUGUAUGUCGGUCACACUGAAGUAUAGCAGUGACUGUUGUAAGCAAACUGCUCUAAGAGAUCUCAACUUGAAGGAAGAGCUCCUACAAAAUCCACAUCAGUAGUAGCAUAUUGGAAACCUCUAGAGAAGAGGUUUUCAAUAAAAGGGCUUGGAAAUGAACUAGAAUAGGCAAUAGAUCUCUUCAGAUGCUGCUUUCCCAUGUAAUGCAAGCGUUUCUACAGGGUACCAGAGGUGUGAAAUAUGUGACACUUAAGAACAGUGAUUUUUAUUGGGAAUUUUCUUAGGGUUAUAACCCUUAAAGCAACAACCAAGUAGUAACAGCUACGGGAAAGGGGAAUGAAUCAACUCUUGGUUCUUUCCUCAAGAUGGCAGUGUUGUGGAUAAGUGCAUUUUUAAUGCCCUGGCAAUGGCUACAUUUGACACUUUAGAAAAAAUAAACAUUUAAUAAUUUUUGUUUCUCCUUAGGAAUAAGACUUUAGAACUGUUUUGUACUGUGAAUUACGGAUGCUCUUUGAAGGAAAGAAAUAUCGAUUCUAAUGUUCUUCAGAAGCUGGCAGGGAUAAGCAGGACAUCGACUGGAACGUAUGCUAAAUGAAAGCAGACAAAUUUCUAUUUUCUUACCUGAGCAAAUAUUUUAUUGAAACGCUUCUGUAUGUCAAAGGAGUCCACAACUUCAGCUACACAACUUUUUGUAUUGAAAGAACUCAUACUUUUUGUAGCUUUUAUUUCACAUUUAAUUUAAAAUGACUUUUAGCACUAAAAUGUCUAGAAGAUUUUACUCCAGACCUAUAAGGAAAUGUUUAGUUUUUAUGAAAAAUGACAAGUCAGUGGUUAAACUUCUCAUGUCUUUGGUGCUUUGGCCCUAAUAGCACUGGACAACACCACGACCACAUGGAAACAUAUUUUUGGAAGCAAAACUUUAAUUUUGUAUAACGUAUGCUAUGGAGAGCUAAGAAAAUUUAAGGACUACUUGUUUUCUAUUUUUGUUUUCUUAAUAAAAUGGAAUCCACUGUGUUGAAGACUCUUAAUAUCAUGUGCUUGUCUAACCAUUUUUUGUUUAUUUUUUGUUUUAUAAAUUAGAAUAAAAUCUAGUUGUAAUUAUGGUCAUCAGAUGAAUUUGUUUGGAAAGCUACAUCUUAUUUGUGAAAUGUUUUUUAAAUCAGAGUAACUAUAAACUGAUUCAGCUUUUCGUUAAGCUUUGUUCUUGGCUGUUAAUACUUGUGACUCAUGAAGAAUUAUGUUGACAAACAGGAUAAAUUCCACAUGUAUUUUAUUUCCCAGUGAGUCAUAUAAACUUUAUUUUUGUUGAAGGUUGUAUGUUAAAUCAAUGUUACAUUCUUAUAUCACUUCUUGAGAAGGAAGUUCCGAUUUGAAAUUGUAUCAUUUCCUUCAAAAUGAAGGGCAGUGCUUAAAUAAAAGAUUGAUAAUAUCUUUUAAGCCA